CUUGACCAUAUUUCUCAAUCUCUCUUCAGAUGGCGAAAUCCAACAAUCAGACUUCUCUCUAUCUAACUCUAACCGGAUCUAUUCUAGGUUUUCUUCUUCUCUUCUUCACCUAUUGGUUCUGGCCCGACCCAUUACCAAUCCACUAUCCCCAAUUCCAAAUACCCAACCCGAUACACUUCACCGACGGCAUCACAUCCUGCCCAACAACCACCACCACAACCACCACCGACCGCAGCCACGACCCAGAAAACCAAACAUUCUACGACGAUCCAACAAUCAGUUUCUCAAUCGAAAAGUCAAUAACAAACUGGGAUGAAAAACGACAAGAAUGGCUAAAUCUACACCCAUCUUUCAAACCAGGUGUAUCAGAAAGGAUACUUGUUUUAACUGGAUCACAACCGAAACCUUGUAAGAACCCUAUUGGAGAUCAUCUUCAGUUGAGAUUGUUUAAGAAUAAAGUGGAUUAUUGUAGGAUUCAUGGGUAUGAGAUAUUUUAUAGUAAUACGUUUCUUCAGAAGAAAAUGAGAUCUUUUUGGGCUAAGUUACCGGUUGUUAAAGCGGCGAUGAUGGCUCAUCCGGAAACUGAGUGGAUCUGGUGGGUUGACUCGGAUGCCGUGUUUACUGAUAUGGAAUUUAAAGCACCCUUGGAUAGGUAUUUGGAUUAUAAUUUGGUUGUUCAUGGUUGGCCUGAUAUGGUUUUUGGUCAGAAAAGUUGGGUUGGUGCUAAUGCUGGUGUCUUCUUGAUUCGAAAUUGUCAAUGGUCUAUGGAUUUCAUGGAGGUUUGGGCUAGUAUGGGUCCACAAAGCCCAGAUUUCGAUAAAUGGGGUAAGAUCCAAAAAUCAACUCUACCGGACAAACUUUUUCCGGCGUCGGACGAUCAAUCCGGUCUAAUCUAUCUCAUCUUAAAAGAAAGAGAAAAAUGGGGUGAAAAGAUCUUCAUAGAGAGCGAUUACGAAUUAUCGGGUUACUGGUUAGGAAUUGUCAAAAGGUUGGCUAACGUAAGUGACAUGUAUGAAGACAUGGAGAGGUGGGUUCGUAGAUUAAGGCGUCGUUAUGCUGAAACUAAUCUGGAACAUUAUGCUGUUCUCCGGGAGAAAUAUCUUGCCGGCGCCGGAGUUGGUAGUGAUAGUUGGAGACGACCAUUUAUUACCCAUUUCACUGGCUGCCAGCAGUGUAGUGGCGAUCAUAAUCCAUCAUAUGGUGGAGAUUCUUGCUGGGUUGGAAUGGAAAUGGCUCUUAAUUUUGCUGAUAAUCAGGUGCUUCGUAGUUAUGGUUUUGUGCAUCCUGAUGUUCUUAAUGGUUCUCUUGUUUGGCCUUUGUCGUUUGAUUAUCCAGUUUGAUGAAAAUCUUAAUCCAAAUUCAAUCCAAUCCAACUGUUUAGAUAUAGUAAGUAGUGAUCAUCACUUUAUUAGUAUCUUUGUUUGAUUUUAUAUAAUAAUAUAUAGAUGAGAAGUCAUCAUACCAUACUAAAAGAAAUGGAUGUGAGUGAUGUGUAAUGUGAUUCCUGAAUUAUGCUUUUUCAUAAGAGGGGAGAAUUAGUCCAAGCCUAGAAAGGUAUUGAGAUUGAAGAUGUAAUUUCAUAUUUUAUGUGUUUGGUUGUUUA